CCUGUCUUGACAGCGAGAAUAAAAAGGACAUGUACCCGGCCGUUAUAACGACACAGCUACUUAGCUAGCUAAUUAGCUAGCACCUGGACUUCAUUGUCCACAUAAAUAACUGACGUGUAAUCGUUUUAUUUAUCACAAAGGGGAGUAUGUCUGUAGUGAUUUAGACCUUUUGAUGGCGUCCAAUGGCCACCAACGCGACGAUGAAAGUAUCGACGAAGACGAAACGCCCACGAAGCAGCCGCGGUCCGAUAGGGAGAUGCCCGGGUGUUUCAGAUAUGAGCCCGACAAUGAGGCAGCCGCGCCCGCAGGAAGAGCGACAUCCCACCGGCAGACCUCCAACUCGACGGCGAGGCUUCGGAGCGACUCGGUGAAGAAAACAAGGCCGCCAUUUCCCUGGUUUGGGAUGGACAUUGGAGGCACUCUGGUGAAGCUGGUCUACUUUGAGCCCAAAGACAUCACAGCAGAGGAGGAGCAGGAAGAGGUGGAGAACCUGAAGAGCAUCAGGCGCUACCUCACCUCCAACAUUGCCUAUGGUAAAACUGGCAUCAGGGACGUGCACCUGGAGUUGCAGGACCUGACGCUGUGCGGCAGGAAAGGCAACCUGCACUUCAUCCGUUUCCCCACGCAUGACCUGCCGGCCUUCCUGCAGAUGGGCCGCAACAAGCACUUCUCCAGCCUCCACACCACCCUCUGCGCCACGGGAGGGGGGGCCUACAAGUUUGAAGCUGAUUUCCACACGAUGGCAGACCUGCAGCUUCACAAGCUGGAUGAGCUGGAGUGUUUAAUCCGGGGGGUUUUGUACAUCGAUUCGGUGGUGUCGAGCGGACCCUCGGAGUGUUACUACUUUGAAAACCCCACUGAUCCAGAACGCUGCAUCCAAAAGCCCUACACUCUGGAGAACCCCUAUCCUUUGCUGCUGGUCAACAUAGGGUCCGGGGUCAGCAUCCUGGCUGUCUACUCUGAGAGCAACUACAAACGUGUUACAGGGACCAGCCUCGGUGGUGGGACCUUCCUGGGUCUGUGUUGCCUGCUGACUGGCUGCUCAUCUUUCGAGGAAGCUCUAGAAAUGGCCUCUGAAGGGGAGAGCACCAAAGUGGACAAGCUGGUCCGGGACAUCUAUGGAGGAGACUAUGAGAGGUUUGGACUGCCAGGCUGGGCUGUUGCCUCAAGUUUUGGUAACAUGAUGUCCAAAGAGAAGAGGGAGUCGGUGUCCAAAGAGGACCUGGCCAGAGCAACACUGGUCACCAUCACCAAUAACAUCGGCUCCAUCACCAGGAUGUGUGCUCUCAAUGAGAACAUAGAGAGAGUGGUGUGUGGGAACUUCCUGAGAGUGAACACCCUCUCUAUGAAGCUGUUGGCCUAUGCCAUGGACUACUGGUCCAAAGGACAACUGAAGGCGCUCUUCCUGCAGCAUGAGGGUUAUUUCGGAGCAGUUGGAGCCCUGUUGGAGCUUCUGCAUCCGUCGUAAUCAGUCCGAAUUAUAUCCAAAGAGGCACUUGUCAAUCUGCUGCAAAGACCAUUAGCACUUUAGACCGUUCAGAGUUCACCCACAGUGGGAUGUUAUGCCAGCCAGCAGCCAGUUACUGGUACAUUUUGGUUGUGACAGGCAAAAGGUCCUAUUAUGUUUGUAAAAUGUUGAUAGUUUUCUAAAAUCCGAUUCUGCUGUUGUGUUCAGGGGACAGUAGUUGUAUGCAGCAAAGUCAUUGUCUUGCUGGACUUUGCAUAAACAAGACAGAUUUGAGCUGUAACAUCUUGGGAAAAUCACCACGGUUGCCUGAAAUAAUUAGGUUAAACACACUCACCAUCACAUGGUCAAGUCAUGUAGACGGCACACACCCCUCCAUUGGUUUCUGACCGAGGGGCAAUUUUAAAUACUUUUGUUUUAAGGUUUUCGUUACCCAAUUUUGUAUACAAUUAUAUAAACGGUGGUAGAACUGAAAGAUAAUCACAGAAAAAGCACAAUUCAAUGUGUAUUUCCUUAAUAUGUUGUUGAGUUGAUCGGUUUAAAAAGGUAGAAAGAUAGUGACGUUUCCACAACCAAAUAUGAUUUCAUUCAAAUACUUUUUUAAAUGUAUAACCCAAAUAUAUUUGCUUUAAUAUCAUACAAGACAAAAGAAGUAGUAGAAAUUUUCAUAUUUCAGUAGCUGGAACUAGGAUUAUUUUUGUUACUAUCACGUACCAGAUUUGUCUUCCUAGUUAGCUGAAAAGAAGUGCUGAGAAUAAUUUACAACCACUUAUUUUUAGUCCUUUUUUAUGGUUACCAAUAGGACUUUAAAUGAAGUUGUAUAUGAAAAGAGGUUAUUUUAUUGACUGAAAAAUCACAAUUUCAUCAGAUUUAUUCUCGAAUGGAACUGUUACCAUUAAAAUGUGUCAUUUGUAUACAUUUCCUGAGUUAGAUGUCGAUACAGAUUACAAAGUGUAUUAAACUAAUUGUUUCACUUUGAGCUGUGUUUCUGCAAAGGAAUCUGGACAAUCAUUCUGGGGUUAGAAAGACUAAACUCUAUGGUAUAUAUUUAUGUCUCAUUCUUACCCAAAACAACUCCCCUGCUGAAUUGCCCAUGAGCCACUGCAUCCCUCUCUUGAUAAGGAGAAAUCAAAGCAAGUGAAAAUAUAUUGAUACAUGUGAAAACAGAGGUACACUCAGGGCAAUUGUAUUCCUGUGUAAUCCCUAGAGUUCAUUUUAAAUGCAGACACGUUAAGCAUCCCUCUUUUAGGUCCUGUGUCCCUAUCCAAUGUUUCUCUUGGUUUAGUACAUAUGUGCUUAGAUAUUCAUGUUUUGACUGUAAUGUAUGUUUUAGGAAAGCUUCCCAAAGCUUCUUUUUUUCAAGAGGUAUUUAGAGGUUGAUCUUGAAAUGUUCAAGAUUCUGUCUCUGAUGUAAGUGUCAUUGUCCUAUGAUUUCAUUUAACUUUUCCGUCCCAUUUUGAUGUCAUCAGUUGUUUUAUUGGUCUAUUCCUGAAUAACAGGGACCAUUUUGAAUCAUUAUCUACCUAAAGAAGGUUUAGUUUUGUAGGUAUGCACUUUGACAGUUUAUACAGUAAACCAACAGUUAAUUAAGUGCCUUUUAAUGUUUUUGUAUAGCAUACAAUAUUUUUCGCAGCUGGAUUUAACACAAUGCGAACUGGUCCGUUGUUCUCUAGGUUUUUAUAUGUGUUUGCUUGUAGCAUUACAUUGCAAAGAAAGCGUACUAUUUUUGUAACAAGUCAUUGCAAAUUACUUACUGGAUUGUCUCAAUUAAAUACAAACUUUUCUUA